AUGGCGAUCCAUCCGACUGUACGCAAUGAGCGCGCAACAGCCAGCAAUCUGACCCAGCAGGAUAUCUCUGCAUGGACAGAACAAGCUGCCGCUUCGCUACAAAUUCUGGACAUCUCCGACUCUGUUGCCCAAGUGGAAUUUGUAGAUGGAAUCAGAGACACAUCGACUGCCCUAUCUAUUCCUCUUGACGAGCCCAUCACUGCGAACGUCAAGCCAUCCGUCCCUCGUGUGAAAAUCAGCUCCAAGUCGACCGAUGAGACAACUGUAUACCGUCGCCGUGAGCCACUUCGGCGUGACAGUCUGAAGAGACGCGAGGCCUUUUUGAAGGGCAAAGAGGGCAGUCGCCGCAGGCAACGAUGGGAGAAUGAUCGUCUUUUGAGCAACCCCUGGGCCCAACCUCCAGCUCCUGGUGACUGGUCCGUCCAACCGACGCAUCCCCGACACGAUCCCGUUCCAUACUACUUGGCGCCCCUGUGGGAUAGCCAUUUUGCGCACAAAGAGCACAGCAAGUCAUUGAAGCAAGCGAAGAAGAACAACAACAAGGAACAUGAAGACGAGAAGAGUCGAGUCUCAAAAGAAAUUCGCAAGUCUCUGAAACACGCCCGGGCCGCUCGCGGUAUGCUACAAGAUUUGGAAGAGGAUAUCCGACGAUUCCUUGAGAAGUGGAAUGACAAACAACUGGAGCGCGAGUUCGACAGCUCCGAGAACUCCGAGUAUGAGGAUUCGGACGAGGAGAUUGUGUUUGUCGGUCGGAACGGUCAAAUGCAUGAUGCUCGCAGCCGCCAAGAGAAGGCCAAGAGCAUUGCUGAAGGGCUUGAAGAUGGACAAAAGAUGGUGUUUGAAAGUCUAGCUCAAGAUCCAGGUGCUGUUUUCGGACGAUGGCUCGUGCAUUCGAUCGCUACCUACUAUGGCUUGUAUACAUGGUCAGUCUCGUCCGGCACUCCUGAGCGCCGCCAGGCCUAUGUCGGACUCAGUCCUCCAGCUUCCAGCGUGCAGCCUCCGGAUCUCACACAUGAGUCGGCAUUGAGGAUCAAGCCUGGAGAGCCGUUGCCCAAGCCUCUCUGGGUCCAGAUUUGA